UCUCCAUUGCACUUACACGUGUCAGACCCGUUGCGAGCAGGGCCUAUACUGGUAUUUUUCAUGCUGAUGGAGGUUGCCGGGUUGGGCACAAGAUCGCCUUUUCGCGUUUGACAUGAUGAGCUUCCUUCGGAUAUCCAUUCAGACAUGUUACUUUUGUUCAAGAUGAAGAAUGUCGGAAAAGAGGAUGCAUCGAGAGACUCGUUUCUCAUCGUCAAUCGACAAUUGCUCAAUCAGUGUAAAUGGCAUAUCCGAUCCGGAUCUCCGUGUUGAAUCGCCGAAAAGAACAACCCCUCCAUCCCGCCUCAUCCCGCCUCAUCCCUGCGUGGUGGAAUCAUCGAUACCCCCAUGUCCCCCGGACUCAGAGCGGGGAGGGGGGGGCGGCCUGGACCCGAAAAUGGACAGAUCCGGACCGCGGUGGCCGUCAAGCUAGGUACGUCCUCGACUCCCCAACUUUCUCCAUCGGUUUUCGCUGGCGCAGGUUCCCACUAAAAAUCGCCCGUCGGCGGUCGCCAAUCUCAUCAUCGUCGGCAACCUACACACCUACGUACCUUACCUUCACCACCACACCGCACAUCAAAUCUCACUCAUCGACACACCACAGCGACCAAACACACAUACCUUACACAUCCACACACAUCCAUACACACCCACCCACUUACCUAUAUCCCGACCGUUUGCUCGGGCCAGCCUCAUACCACAGCUUCACAUCACGCUCACGACACUACCGUUUGAUCACAGAUUCACAGCCCCCUCUCUCCUCCCCUCCUCCCCUGCUCUCUGCUGCCCUCCCCUACCUCUCUACACCUUACAUCUUGUAUACACCUCAUCCAGCUGGCGCAACCAACCGUCGAGCCCCUCCUCCUCCUCCUACCGUCUCUCCAUCCUCCUCCGCCGGCAUCCAUACAUCCCUCCCCCCAUCCCAUGACGCGCAUCUCCUCACGAGACCAGGAAGUCUAAAGCCCAAUCCCGUCCAUUUGAUACAACUCACCUGAAUCGCUCCCGUUUCUACUACCUGUGUGCCCUCUCUUUGCCUUCUCGCCCUGCUUUUGACUUCCUUUACUUACUCCCUCCCCCCCCCUCCAUCGUUCCAUCCUUUCUCCGUUCGCCGUCUUUUCUCUCCUUACCUUCAUCUUUUAC